CUUCAUACUUCUACAAAUGCCAUAUUUUUAGUCAAUUUGGCAGUUCACCAAAGCCCCUUUUUGGGCUCACCGAUCGUCGGAUUGAACCCAAGCCGCAAUGUCGCUCUACCACGAAACAUCUGAGUUCCUUACAUCCUCCGCGGCCUCUGGCGGCAGCUUGAAGUCAAGGAUAUUCAGUAAAAAGGAUUUGAAGUCUCAGCCGGCUCAAGUUUAUGCAUUGGCGAUAGAGUCCUGUAAAUGGAGUGGUGUUCUGAAAGAAGUCAUAGAGGCUGCAGAUAUUCUGAAGCUUGAGCGAAAAGUCAGUUCUCGCCAACCUUAUUACACAGCCUAUCACGUUACUAACGUUUUCAUCAGAUUACACCAGUUCUGUCAGUAAUUCUUGUUCACGAUCUUCUACUAGCAAAAAGAGGCAUCGCACUCCCGGCAAUUCAUGGUCUCAGAACCUCAAUUGAACGAUACAAGGCCAGACUAACGGCGGAAUUCACCAAAGCCAGGAUCCGGAGGAAACUGAGCUCUGUGGAGGCCUUCAAAGCUCAUAUCGAAGCCGGACUCGAGAACAGUACUGACAACUCCGAAGCACCAUAUCCUCGUUGGGUUCGUAUCAAUACCUUGAAAACUUCAAUUGAGGAUCAACUCGAAUCGACUUUUGCAGGUCUUGAGAGAGCUACAAGUGUCAAAUCAGUUCGACAACGUGGGGCAAAACGUAUUUUUAUUGACAGCAACAUUCCAAACUUGGUUGCUAUCUCGGCUGGCGUGGAUCUCUCCAAGAGCGAUGCUUACAAGACUGGAAGCAUCAUUUUCCAAGACAAGGCAUCAUGCUUUCCGGCCUACCUCUUGGAUCCAUUGCCAGAAGAUGGUGAUAUCAUAGACACCUGUUCAGCACCUGGAAAUAAAACGACUCAUAUCGCUGCCAUCCUUGCUUCUCGUCUCCCAGAGUCCGAAGAGGUUUCCCAAACUCUUCACGCUUUCGAAAAGAACAAAGGUCGAGCUGAAACCCUUGAAAUGAUGGUUGGAAUCGCUGGAUCGGAUACAUUUACCAAACUUCAUCCUGGACAGGAUUUCUUGAAAGCAGAUCCAGACUCUCCCGCGUAUAAGACGGUUGGGGCACUAUUGCUAGAUCCAAGUUGUUCUGGAAGCGGUAUUAUUGGUCGAGAUGAUAUGCCAGAGUUACAUUUACCAAUUCUUAAAAAGGUUGAACCAUCUUUCAAAAGUGGAAGUAAUAGCAACAACAAAAGAACUAGACUUCCUGAUCCUACUAAAGAGACCCGAAAACGAAAGCGCGAAGAUUUUGAUGAGAAACUAGAUGUCAUGGUGGACGAUGAUGGCAUGGUAACUGCUGUCGAUACUGUUGACGAGCUCCAGGCCCGAUUGACAGCAUUAUCAAAGUUUCAGCUUGAGCUUCUCUUGCAUGCAUUCAAAUUUCCCUCAGCGCGAAAAAUUACUUACUCAACAUGUUCUAUUCACGCCGAGGAGAAUGAGCAAGUCGUGAUCAAAGCGCUGAGCUCCAGUAUCGCCAAAGAAAGGGGAUGGCGAUUGUUGAAGCGUGCAGACCAAAUUCGAGGCCUGAAAGAAUGGCCCGUUCGAGGAGAUUUGGCAGCUGCGGACGGAGAUUCUGGAUUGGCGGAAGCGUGUAUCAGAGCCAAUAAAGGCGAUGAACAUGGCACGAUGGGAUUCUUCCUCGUUGGCUUUGUUCGAAAUUCUAAAGUCUCCGAUGGCAUUGAGUCACAAUUUCUUCGUGAUGAGCGUGGCCAUAUGGUCAGAGAUGUAUUGGGCAAUCCUGUCAAGAUCGUACCAGAGGAAGCCACAGAGGAUAUCUUCGAAACCGAAACCGAACAAAAAUAUUCGAAGCACAAAGUUAGCAAACCCCGGGAUGAGAGUGAGCCCGUGGAAGAGGAGGAGGAAGAAUGGGGAGGAAUUGAAGACGAGAUUGAAAUUCAAGCAUCCAAAGGAAGCACCGAAAAUGCCAAAUCGCAGAGAAACAAACCAAAGGCCAAGGCAGCAAGCAAACACCAACACAAUGUCCUCGUGAAACGUCCUGAUUUAGGUCUAUCUUCACAGAAGAAGAAGAAAAGAAGAAAGUGA